AAUUCAUUUCAAGAUGCUUUAAAAAUAUUCAUCUGAACAUUUGGUCAUUUGCAAAUGUUCCUCAGUGAUGCCUACAUUUUUGGCGUCUCAUGGAGCAACACAACCACUCCAGUUUGACUGAAUUUGUGCUCCUUGGCUUCCCCAAUGUGGGGCAUGUCAGGGGCUGGCUAUUUGUCCUGCUACUUAUAGCAUAUUUAUUCACCAUCUGUGGCAACCUGCUUAUCUUCUUGGUCAUACGACUGAAUGCAGCGCUUCACACACCCAUGUACCACUUUGUCAGUGUUCUUUCCUUCUUAGAGCUGUGGUAUACAGCUACCACCAUCCCAAAGAUGCUGGCUAAUCUUCUCAGUGAGAAGAAGACCAUUUCUUUUGCAGGCUGUCUGCUUCAGACAUAUUUCUUCCACUCCUUAGGGGCUUCUGAAUGCUACCUUCUCACAGCCAUGGCCUAUGACCGGUAUCUGGCCAUCUGCCGACCCCUCCAUUAUCCUGCCAUUAUGACCACAGCACUCUGUGCCAAGAUGGCUGCCAGUUGUUGGACUUGUGGCUUCCUGUGUCCCAUUUCUGAAGUUAUCCUGGUUUCCCAGCUCCCCUUCUGCAACUACAAUGAAAUCCCCCACAUCUUCUGUGACUUUCCACCUCUGCUGAGCCUGGCCUGCAAGGAUACAUCUAUUAACGUUCUGGUGGAUUUUGCCAUCAAUGCAUUUAUUAUCCUCAUCACCUUUCUUUUUAUCAUGGUUUCCUAUGGGCGGAUCAUUGGGGCUGUGUUGAAAAUAAAAACAGCAGCAGGAAGAAAGAAGGCUUUCUCCACGUGUGCCUCACAUCUCAUUGUGGUCCUCAUCUUCUUUGGGAGCAUCAUCUUCAUGUAUGUGAGGCUAAAGGAAAGCUACUCACUGACCCUUGACCGGACACUUGCUGUAGUGUAUUCUGUACUAACACCACUGGCAAACCCAAUAAUCUACAGCCUUCGUAACAAGGAACUCAUUAAAGCCAUCAAGAGAACCAUCUUCCAGAAAGAGGUCAAAAGUAGUCCAAUACACCACUGACUUUCUACUGAGAUCCUUGCUUCAUGUCCAGGUUCACCUUAUGAAAUGUUUAGGCUACUUAGCCUGGUCUUGAAUACUCUUCCAUUGUCACAUGUAAGCAGAAUCAUGUCUCCUCUUACUUUCUUACACACUUUA